CACAUCUAUGAUAAAACCCAUCAAAGAAUUCACCACCCUUUUUCUCCUCUUCUUCUCUUUUUUCCCCCACAUAUUAUUUUUUUUCCUCCUCUGUAAUUGCCUAGGUUCUGUGCUGUUUUUGAAGAGAGAGAAGAGAGGUAGAGGUAGAUAGAGACCACAGAAAAAAGAGAGAGAGAGAGGGGGGUGAGAAAGAGAGAGAGAGAGUCCUAUGCUGGGGGACUCAGCAGUGUUGGGAACAGGAGGAGGAGGAGGGUCUGCAGAUGCAGUGGUGGCAGCAGGAGGGGGUGCUGUUCAUGACGGUGCUGUUGACGUGGCAGGGGGUGGCGGCGGCGGUGGCGGAGGAUCAAAUUCAGGGGAUGAUGAGAGGGGGAGAGUGGAGGAAGGUGACAGGAGCUUUGGUGGGAACAGGUGGCCGAGACAAGAGACUCUGGCUUUGUUGAAGAUACGGUCGGAUAUGGACGUGGCUUUCAGAGAUGCAAGUGUGAAGGGUCCUUUGUGGGAAGAGGUUUCAAGGAAGCUGGCAGAUCUUGGCUACCACAGAAAUGCCAAGAAGUGCAAAGAGAAGUUCGAGAACGUUUACAAGUACCACAAGAGAACCAAAGAAGGCCGCAGUGGGAAAUCAGAAGGCAAAACUUAUCGCUUCUUUGAUCAAUUACAAGCCCUUGAAAACAACCCUGCAAUUCAUCCUAUCCAAUCCCCAACACCACCACCUUCCAAGCCACCACCAGUAACAACAACAGCACUACCAGCAACACCACUGUCAAUAGUCGUAACAACUACACCCUCUUCAAUAAUGUCUCUUCCCCCGACCACAACGCUGCCAUUGUCACCUGCCACUGUUCCAUCCCCAACAACACUCCCUGUGCCUCAAGGCAUUCUCGCCCUCACAACCUCUUCCUUCCCAUCAUCAAACCCUACACCAUACUUCCCAACACAAACACCAAACCCUACUACCAACAACACCAACAGCAAGAACCCUCAAAACACCAUCGCCCCACCUUCUUUCCCCAACAUUCCGACUGAUCUCUUGUCCAAUUCCAGCUCUUCCUCCACCUCUUCGGAGGAAACAACCACGGAGGGAGGGGGAGCAAGACGCAAGAGGAAGAGGAAGUGGAAGGACUUCUUUGAGAGACUCAUGAAGGAAGUGAUAGAGAAACAGGAGGAGCUGCAAAGGAGGUUCCUGGAGGCCAUUGAGAAGAGAGAACAAGAGCGUGUCGCCAGAGAAGAAACGUGGAGAAGGCAAGAGAUGCAAAGGAUCAGCAGGGAAAGGGAGAUUCUUGCACAGGAAAGAUCCAUUGCUGCCGCUAAAGACGCUGCUGUUAUGGCAUUUUUGCAGAAGAUGGCCGAACAUCAACAAGAGGAAAAUAAUCUUCAACCAGCAUUGAAUACCAACAACAACAUUAUCUCUAUUGCUGCACAGCAACCGGUGCCACAAGCAACUCCAACACCAACACCACAGCAAAAACAAACAACAACUGUUCCCGAGGCCCCACCAGUGCAGUCCUUGGUCCCACAGCCACAGCAACAUCAGGUGCAGCAACAACAACAACUAGUGAUGACUAAUGUGGAAACCAAUAAAGCUGAUAAUAACGGUGAGAAUUUGAUGAUGGGAGCGAGUUCUUCGCGGUGGCCAAAAGUGGAGGUACAAGCGCUGAUAGAUCUGAGAACAAACCUGGAAACAAAGUACCAGGAAAAUGGACCAAAAGGGCCUCUAUGGGAGGAGAUCUCAGCUUUGAUGAGAAAAAUGGGGUACAACCGGAACGCCAAAAGGUGCAAAGAGAAGUGGGAGAACAUCAACAAGUACUUCAAGAAGGUCAAAGAAAGCAACAAGAAGAGGCCAGAAGAUUCCAAGACCUGUCCCUAUUUUCACCAGUUGGAGGCUCUAUACAAGGAGAAGAACAAGGUGGAGGGCCAAAUGAAGCCGGAGAGCAUGAUGGCACCCCUCAUGGUGCAGCCGGAGCAACAGUGGCCUCCUCAGCAGGUGGUGCCCCCAGAAGUAACCAUGGAAGACGCCCAGAAUGACCCCAUGGACGGGGGGCACCACGAGGAUGGUGAGGAGGAGGAGGAGGAAGAGGAGGACAAGGACAUUGGAGAUGAAGACGAUGAUGAAGACGAUGAAGGUGGUAACUAUGAGAUAGUAGCAAGCAAGCCAGCUUCGGCUGGUGAUGCUUCUGCCGAGUGAGAGGAACAAAUAUUGACCGAAAAGUGCAUCAAUCAGAGUCAUGGGUGGGUCAAAGAGGGUGCACGGGUUGUAGGAAAAAUGGUGGCGUGAGGGUGAAUUCUGGUAGUAGUGGUGGUGGUGGAAGGUGAUGGGAUUGGAAUGAAGAUUUUGAAAAUGCACGUACUUCAGAAUGACACAUGGGUAUAGGGUUAUAGCCAGUAGGGUGGGGGAAUCUGGGUUGGAAGUACUUGGUACAAUAGCAGCAUAUAGUCAGUAAGAUUAUAUGUUUUUUUGUUUUGAAAAAGAAAUAAUUAAUUAUUUUUUUGAGCUAAAUAAAUAAGUUGAUGAACGAGGGAGAGGGAAGAUUAAGAUAGAGAAAGGUUCAGACUUGAGAGGUUCAAGUUCAACAUAUAUGAAUAAACAAGCAACCUCGAUCAAUGUUAUUGUACUAGGCUUUUUGUACUGAAUUUUCAUGUUCAUGUUGAUGUAAAUGGGAGAAACGAUUAAUUGUUGGGGGGUUUGUCCUUUUCUUUUCC